AUGCCGAGUUCUUGUGACGAAUGCCCUGCGGUGACAGAAGAGGAGAUGGCCUGUACUGUCCUUAAUAGGUUUGUCGGCAUCCCAGAGCAGACGUAUGAAGACUUCCUAACAGCAUUCACCUAUCUUCCCCAAGAGAGACAAGAUUGGCAGAUCCAGACUGACGACUCACAAAAUCAUUGUUCCGUUUUCGAAAAUGUCCCAGCUGGGAAAAGACCUGAAGUCAGCGCUGAUAGGGAAGAAGUGGAGGAACUGGAGCAGCUGAUUGUCGGUGAAGGAGAAAACGUAGGAUGUUGUCACAGCUUUACACACUCCGGAAGAGUUCAGGUUGAUAAUUUCCUCAAUAUGUCUGACUUGGACACUCCCUCUGAUGAUGAGACCAGGCCACAUUUCUUAUUAUAUCCAGGAGAAGCGGACACGGAAGAAUCACUUAAUGAUAAGCCCAUCAUGAGAAAAUACUUGUUUGGAUAUUCAGACAUUCUUCCAGCAGCAGACUACACCUGAUGCGCAUCUAGAUGAUGAGAUCCAGCCGUUCGCUCUGGACCAAAGCUUUGAUUACGACUGU